AUGCUGAAACUCGCAGACUUCGGUUUCGCCCGCGUCCUCCCGUCGACAUCCCUCGCCGACACCCUCUGCGGCUCACCGUUGUAUAUGGCGCCUGAAAUUCUCCGCUAUGAGCGCUACGAUGCCAAGGCCGAUCUCUGGUCGGUCGGAACGGUGCUCUACGAGAUGAUCACUGGCCGGCCUUCGUUCCGCGCCAGGAAUCACGUCGAACUACUGAGGAAGAUCGAGGCCGCUGAAGACAAGAUCAAAUACCCGAAGGAUGCCAACGUGAGCAGAGAUCUGGUGAAGCUCAUCAGUAAGCUGCUCACUCGUAACCCCGUCGAGCGAAUCAGGUUCGAAGAUUUCUUCGCCGACCCUAUCGUGGCUGGUGCCAUUCCCGGCGUUGUUGAAGAUGAUAUUCCGAAACCGCCUCAGGAGCAAAGGAAUUCUAUCGAAGCCCGUGCGAGCACCAAGCCUGAGAGCAUGCCCCUGUCACGACAAGCAUCCCUAAGGCGCCAUGCUGAGGAGACUGGUCUGUCCCGCUCUCCCCGUGCAGGUCUCUCAGGGUCUCCGCAAACUGAGGGCUCGGGGUUGCCACGGGGAUCCCGCCCGUCCGGCGAACGCCUUAGCAGCUCGCCCGGCCAAGACAGUGGUCAAGGUCUCGGAAUCCGCCGGCCACCUCCACCGCAGCCAUCAACCUCCGCACCGGCCAGGCCUCACAGGCCAUCAAAUGCAUCUUACACCCGCCCAUCAGCUCGCGGCUCCCCGUCGCCCACAUCGUCAUCCUUCGACAACGCUCAUCGAGGCAAACUUCGACCUGUGACUGAGCGCAGCAUGACGGAAUCGGACAGAGCGGCGCAGGAUGUCGCCUUUGAGCGUGACUAUGUCUUGGUGGAAAAGAAACAUGUUGAGGUGAAUGCUUUCGCAGACGAAAUGGCAGCCAACCCUCGACUCAACUUCUCGCCAAAAUCUGGCCAGCAGAUGGUCCGCCGCGCUACCCAGCAGGGCGCACCCACAUCAACGACGGGCGCCGUUCGGGCCCAGACAUCGCAAGCAGUCCAAAUCGCGCAGGGCCGGGAGUUUCCCACUCAUGAACGCCGUGGCUCCUACGAAAAGAGUUUUUCUGGUAGCCCCGGGUCCGCUACGCCAAGCUUUAUCACGAAGGCCAUCCAGGAUGCCAGUGUGCGCCUAUUUGGUUUCAAAGUGCCACAUCACGUUCUGGGCAAGGGGCAGUCGCCACCACAAAUCUACAGCGCAUUUCCUGCCUACCCUACCACUCACGGUCCCGCUGGCCUUCUCGAGGAUGGAAAACAGAGAUUGCCUACAGAUGAGGACGCCCGAGCCGUCAAGUAUAUCCAAGACUUGGCUCACCGCAGCGAUUGCGUCUUUGGUUUUGGCGAAGUCAAAUACAAACAACUCCUUCCUAUCGCUCCGUCGACGGACACUGGGCUAGGUGGCCUCUCUGCUGAUGAGGCUUCCGAGGACAACGGUCUGACGCUGGAGGCUGUCGUCGUGCUCUCCGAGGAGGCCUUGGUGCUCUACGUCAAGGCUUUGACGCUUUUGGCCAAGGCUAUGGAUGUGGCAAACGCUUGGUGGGUACAGAAAUCGCGUUCGGAGUCGACCGUUGCUCUGGAUCCUGCGAAGGAGAAUCUUAUUCUGCGAAUGAACUCGACAGUUCAAUGGGUUCGCGGGCGGUUCAAUGAGGUUCUCGAAAAGACCGAAAUUGUUCGUCUGAAACUCAUCGAGGCCCAGAAGCAGCUGCCCGAGGACCACCCCAGCCAUCCUAGGAACCAGGGCGAGAGUUGCUCCUUGUCUACUUCGGCGGGUACCGAGCAAGUCUACUUGACGCCUGGUAUUAGUGCUGAGAAGCUCAUGUACGAUCGCGCUCUGGAGAUGAGUAAGCGUGCUGCCAUUGACGAAAUUGCAAACGUUGAUCUCGAGGGUUGCGUAAUCUCUUACGUUACGGCUAUUUACAUGCUUGAGGCUGUGCUGGACAACGACGGUGAGACGACUAAGGCACGUUCUGCCAGCACCAGUAAGAACACUGUGUCCCAGGACGACGUCACCAGCGAUCUGGAUAGCGACGACCAGCAAGUGGUCAAGAAGAUGAUUCACAUGAUAUCUUCCCGCUUGGCCAUGGUCAGGAAGAAGAUGGCGGCUAUCGCUGAGGCCUCGAGGUCUGAGCAGAGCCAGCAGCAGGCUUCAGGACGCAAGCGAAGUGGCGAUGUCACCCCGCGAAGUGUUCCAACACAUGCCUCCUAA